UCUGGUCACUGCGAAGGGGGCUGGGAACGGGUUCUACCCGGAUCGGCCAUGAGCAAGCGGAACCAGGUGUCGUACGUUAGGCCCGCCGAGCCCGCGUUCUUGUCCCGCUUUAAGGAGCGAGUCGGGUACAGGGAAGGGCCCACCGUAGAGACCAAGAGAAUCCAGCCUCAGCUCCCAGAUGAAGAUGCUGAUCACAGUGACAAAGAAGAUGAAAAGCCCCAAGUGGUGGUUUUAAAAAAGGGAGACCUGACAGCAGAGGAAGUCAUGAAAAUUAAAGCAGAAAUAAAGGCUGCAAAAACAGAUGAAGAACCAGCUUCAGCUGAUGGAAGAAUCAUCUAUCGAAAACCAGUCAAGCGUCCCUCAAGUGAAAAAUAUUCAGGUUUAACAGCAAGCUCAAAAAAGAAGAUGACAAAUGAAGAUAAAGUAAAUAAGCAGGACUCAGUAAAAAAGAACUCACAGAAACAAAUCAAAAACACCAGCCUCCUUUCUUUUGACAAUGAAGAGGAAAAUGAGUAAGUGUAAGCCUUUUGGACUUAAGUCUUCUUUGAAAGUAUAUGAGGUAUUUUUUAAGAAAUAUUUUUUCCUAUGUCUUUUAAAAUAACAUUUUUUCCUGUUAUACUAUAAGUUCGUUAUAGGAAAUUUAUAAAAUACAGAAAAAAAUUUAAUAAAACAAAAUCUGUGUCUAUCCAUCAAUACUUCUUUGACUGGAAAUGCCAACUUUAUAGGCAUUAACAUUAUUACUUGCUAUAUGUAUAUAUUUAUAUAUGUAAAUUAUAUUCUAUAAACAAAAUUGAGAUUGUAUUAUAUGUGUUUUCUCUCCUCCUGUCUGUUGACAUUACAUUGUGAGCAUUUUUCCAGGUCAUCAAACUUCAUAAAUCUGAUAAUUAAUAUCUAAGAUGAAUUUCAUAAUUAAAUGGAUUUCCCUUAUUGUAUCUUCCUCAUUAGCAGAACACUUUGAGUGAGGGAGAUGAUAAUGCACCGAGUUAAAAAUACUUCCUCAGCUGGGUGCCAGGAGCUCACACCUAGCAACUCAGGUCUGAGACAGGAAGAUUGCAAGUUCAAGACCAGCCUCAGCAACUUAGGGAGGUCCUAAGUAACUUAGCGAGGACCUGUCUCAAAAUAAAAAGAUCUGGAUAUUGGAUAUGUAGCUGGGUUCAAUCCCUGGUACCAAACAAAACAAAACAUCAGCUCCUGCUAAGGGUGGCCAUGUGACUCUGCUCUGGCAAGUUAAGAGAUGCAAGUGGAAACCUUCUUAAUAAAGAUGCUGGGUGUUUUGAUACAAAAGAACAGACUUGACAAGUACAGGCCUUUGCCCUUAUCUCUUCCUGCUGCUUGGAGGACAUGAAAUCUAUGAGUACCAGAGCUGGAAUUUUUUGGCACAAGGAAGGUAGCCACUUUCUUUGAAUAUUAAAGUGGAAAACUGAAGGAGCUUGGAUCUUGAUGGUAUGCACUAGACUUGGACUGCUGGCCUCCGAACUUCAUGAUACAUGAGAAGAGUAAACACUGUGCUGAUUUAAGCCUUUGUCAGGUUUCUCUUAAAGGUUUCUGCAAUCAAAUGCUGUCCCUAAGCAAUACAGUAAAUAACUGGUUAAACAUGAGUGUAUUUCUGAUGAUUUUUUUGGAAUGAAUUGCUGAAAGCAUUUUUUAAAAAAUUUUCUUUAUAUUUAUUAAGGGAUAAAAGUAUUUGAAUAUUUUUAAAACUAUUGAUGUUUACUUUCAAAUUGCUUUUUAAAUAAAAUUUUUUUACCAUUUUAUUCAUUUACCAAACAUAAGAGGUCACUUGACCUCAUCCACAAUAACAGUGCACAAGCUUUGAGUUGACACCAGGCUUUAUUUUUUAUUUUUUUAUUUUUUUGUCAACUUGAUGUUUUCAAAUGGUAUUUAAUAGGUUAAGUUUAAUUGGCAUUUUCUUUGAUCUACCAGUGAUGCUAAACUUUAAGAUGUUAACUUCCCUUCGUUAUUUCUGGAAUUAGCUUUUUGUCCAUUUCCAUAAGUUUAGUCAUGUUUUUCUUAUUAAUUUGUAAAUUGUGUAAUUCAUGAACCUUUUGUUCUGUCUCAGAUAGAAUCACCUCACCAGGCACAAUCCCACUGACUCAGGAGGCUAAGGCAGGAGGAUCACAAGUUCAAGACCAGCCUCAGCAACUUAACGAGACCCUGUCUCAAAAUGAAAAGUAAAAGGGCUGGUGGUAAAGCUCCAUGGUAGAACACCCUGGGUUCAGUCCCCAGUAUCAAAAAAUAAUCACCUGUAUUCUCUUGUUGUUUUCAUUUUUUACAUUUUGAACUUUAUCCCACCUGGAAUCAAAACAGGUAUACUUUUUUUUCCUUUCCAAUAAUCAAUAAUUUUAGACCCAUGCCUGCUUCUCAUAUUUGAAAGGCCAUCUGAAUAAGAGGUGUUUCCAAGUGUUGGGACAGGGAAGGAAGAGAAGCACUGUAGAGCCUACAGCUUUCCAGGUAAUUCCUCAAGAACCUGCUUAAUCCUAAUAAUUUUUCUCAUUAGUAAAAGUCACCCAAAACUAGGGGCUUAAAACCCCAUCUUCACCAGCCACAUCCAUCUGAAAUUAGGAAUUUCAGAGCAUCUUGUCAUGAAUCUGGUGCCAUAUCUGUCUCCUCCAGUUUAAGUAUCUAAGGACUACGUACAAGCAGGGAGGAGAGACCAUCACAGUUGAUGCUCGUGGGUGGGAUUGGGAGCCCUGAAAUAGGCUUGCUCUGAAUCAUUCAACUAGUCCUGAAGCCAGUGUGCGGUAUUCUCUUUGAUGCGUACUUGUUAUGUAAGCCAUGGUGUUGUUUUUGUCUUUCCUCUUUCUAAUUUGUAUUAUUGCUCUAUUCUUGUACCAUAACUACACUGGUGUAAUUACUGUACAUUUUAAUAUGUCUUAGUGCCUGGAGGUGGGAAUCUUCAAGGCAAGAACUUGUCCUCAUCAUCACUGUAUCCUCAGUACCCAGAACAAUACCUGGCAUAUUAGGUGCACAAUAAAUAUAGUUAGAAUGAAUGA